AGACACAGAGACAGACAGACAGAAGAGAGAGACACACAGACAGAAGAAAGACACACAGAGGCAGACAGAAGAGAGAAAGAGACACACAGAGACAGAGAGAGAUAGACACAGAGAGACAAAAGAGAGAAAGAGACACACAGAGACAGACAGAAGAGAGAAAGCGACACAGAGACAGACAGAAGAGAGAAAGAGAUACACAGAUACAGACAGAAAGAGAGAUAGAAGGAGAGACACAGAGGCAGACAGAAGAGAGAAAGAGACACAGAGACAGACAGAAGAGAGAAAGAGAUACACAGAUACAGACAGAGAGAUAGACACAGAGACAGACAGAAGAGAGACACACAGAGACAGACAGAAGAGAGACACACAGAGACAGACAGACAGAAGAGAGAGAGAGAGAGAUGAAAGAGACACACAGAGACAGAUGAAAGAGACACAGAGAGACAGACAGAAGAGAGAGACAGAGACAGAAAGAGAGAUAGAGAGACACAGAGACAGACAGAAGAGAGAAAGAGACACACAGAGACAGACAGAAAAGAGACAGAGACAGACAGAAGAGAGACAGAGAGACAGACAGAAGAGAGAAAGACAAACACAGAGACAGACAGACAGAAGAGAGAGACACACAGAGACAGAAGAGAGAAAGAGAGACAGAGACAGACAGAAGAGAGAAAGACAAACACAGAGACAGACAGACAGAAAAGAGAUACACAGAGACAGACAGAAGAGAGAGAGAGACAGAGACAGACAGACAGAAGAGAGAAAGAGAGCUAGAGACAGACAGAGAGAAGAGAGAAAGAGAGACAGAGACAGACAGAAGAGAGAAAGAGAGACAGAGACAGACAGAAGAGAGACACACACAGAGACAGACAGACAGAAGAGAGAAACACAUAGAGACAGACAGAAGGGAGAAAGAGAGACAGAGACAGAAGAGAGAAAGAGACACACAGAGACAGACAGAAGAGAGAAAGAGAGUCAGAGACAGAAGAGAGAGACAGACAGAAGAGAGAAAGGGAUACACAGAGACAGACAGACAGAAAAGAGAUACACAGAGACAGACAGAAGAGAGAGAGAGACAGAGACAGACAGACAGAAGAGAGAAAAAGAGCUAGAGACAGACAGAGAGAAGAGAGAAAGAGAGACAGAGACAGACAGAAGAGAGAAAGAGAGACAGAGACAGACAGAAGAGAGACACACACAGAGACAGACAGACAGAAGAGAGAAACACAUAGAGACAGACAGAAGGGAGAAAGAGAGACAGAGACAGAAGAGAGAAAGAGACACACAGAGACAGACAGAAGAGAGAAAGAGAGUCAGAGACAGAAGAGAGAGACAGACAGAAGAGAGAAAGGGAUACACAGAGACAGACAGACAGAAAAGAGACAGAGACAGACAGAAGAGAGAAAGAGAUACACAGAUACAGACAGAGAGACACAGAGACAGACAGAAGAGAGACACACAGAGACAGACAGAAGAGAGAGACACACAGACAGAAGAAAGACACACACAGAGGCAGACAGAAGAGAGAAAGAGAUAGAGACAGACAGACAGAAGAGAGAGAUAGAGAGAUGAAAGAGACACACAGAGACAGAUGAAAGAGACACAGAGAGACAGACAGAAGAGAGAGAGAGACAGAGACAGAAAGAGAGAUAGAGAGACACAGAGACAGACAGAAGAGAGACACACAGAGACAGACAGA